UCUCCACCCAUCCCCCUACACGUGACGCUACGCGCAGGCGCACCCCUACCAGCGCGCCCCCUCCCCUUCUACCCCCCGGUGACGUAGGUAAGCCUGGCCGCCUCUGUGACUGGAGCUGCCAAAAACUGAGCUGAACUAAACUUGGCGACGGGCCGAGCUAUGACUGGCCGCUCCAGCGCAACUCUGCUGCCUCUCCUGCUGCUGCACUCCAGCUCCAUACACUUGCACUAAAAGCUGCUCAUAGAAAGCCAGCAGCCCUAAGCCCACACACACAACCAAUAGCAAUAAGAAUUGGAAUCAUUGUAACAAUGCAAUGCCUCUCAGCUUUCUAGGUUCCCCCCCUCCUUAAUGCUCUUGUUAGAAGUGUCUGGGAUGAUGGCACCAGGACAAGGCUGGAUGCUGCUGGGGGAUACCACUGCUCUUAGCACAGGGGGAGCAGAGUGAAUGGAAGCUGCAGUGUCUCUUCCCAUUGUCUCACCAUGAGAAGAACGGUUCAAAAGUGGCCAGCGUUUUUAUUUCUUUCCUCUGGACUAAGAAUAUGACAGUGGAUAAGCGAGAAGGUGCAAAGUUCAAAAGAAGAGCAUCUUUUUUUAUAGAAAAAAAAGGAAAGGAAGCAGCCAGUACCUUAACUGGUGGCACAUAAAGGAAACCUUUUUAAAUGGACUUGUUAUGGUGCUGUUCUGGGGAGGGCUAACAUUUUAAUACUGCCUUAGCCUCAAGAUAAAAAAGAGGAAAGAAAAAACAUUGUUCAGUGUUUCUUUUUAAAUUAUGGAAAUUUGGUGGAAGACGUUGACCUGGAUUUUAGGUCUUGUCAUGGCUUCAUCGAACUGUCACAGGGACAACAGAGUUACAUAUAGUUCCCAAGAGGAAUACCUGUCUAACCUUGAACAUUACCAAUUGACAGUUCCAAUAAGAGUUAAUCACAAUGGAGCUUUUGUCAGUUUUACUGUGAAUAGUGACAAACACUUGAGGAGGCGGAGGAGCGUGGACCAUAGAGACCAAGAACAGGAUGCUUCUAAAUUAUUUUUUAAAAUUUCUGCCUAUGGCAAGCACUUUCACCUAAACCUGACUUUGAAUACGGAUUUAGUCUCAAAACACUUUACGGUGGAAUAUUGGGGGAAGAAUGGGCCAGAGUGGAAACAUGAUUUUAUAGACAACUGCCACUAUACAGGAUACUUACAGGACCAAAACACAACAACGAAAGUGGCUCUGAGUAAUUGCAAUGGCUUGCAUGGAAUUAUUGCUACAGAAGACGAAGAGUAUUUUAUUGAGCCUUUAGAGAAUGUCACAGAAAAUUCCAAGCACUAUAGCCAUGAAAUGGGCCACCCUCAUGUUAUAUACAGAAAGUCUGCUAUAAAUCAUCAUCAUUCAAGCAACCAACCUCAUUGUGGUGUGAAAGACUUUACUGGAAACCGCAAACCCUGGUGGUAUAAUUAUAAAUUUUCUACUCCAUCUGUGCCAUCAGAUAAUGAUACAGAUGGUCCUCGGCGGCAGAGGAGAUCGGUCAGCAUUGAGCGUUUUGUUGAGACCCUGGUAGUGGCUGACAAAAUGAUGGUUGGAUACCAUGGCCGCAAAGACAUUGAACACUAUAUAUUGAGCGUGAUGAAUAUUGUUGCCAAACUUUACCGUGAUUCCAGCCUAGGAAACGUUGUGAAUAUCAUAGUGACUCGUUUAAUUGUCCUCACCGAAGACCAGCCAAACUUGGAGAUAAACCACCAUGCGGACAAGUCUCUUGACAGCUUCUGUAAGUGGCAGAAGUCCAUUCUAUCCCACCAAAGUGAUGGAAAUACCAUUCCAGAAAAUGGCAUUGCUCACCAUGACAACGCAGUCCUUAUUACCAGGUAUGACAUCUGUACAUAUAAAAACAAGCCUUGCGGGACUCUUGGUUUGGCCUCGGUGGCUGGAAUGUGUGAGCCAGAGAGGAGCUGCAGUAUUAAUGAAGACAUUGGCUUAGGUUCUGCAUUUACCAUUGCACAUGAGAUUGGUCACAAUUUUGGUAUGAACCACGAUGGAAUUGGAAACUCGUGUGGGACAAAAGGCCAUGAGGCUGCUAAGCUAAUGGCAGCACACAUUACAUCUAACACAAACCCUUUCUCCUGGUCGGCUUGUAGCAGGGACUACAUCACCAGCUUUCUUGACUCAGGCCGUGGUACUUGCCUUGACAAUGAGCCUCCAAAGCGAGAUUUCUUAUACCCUGCUGUUGCUCCAGGUCAAGUAUAUGAUGCAGAUGAACAGUGCCGCUUUCAGUAUGGAGCAACAUCACGCCAAUGUAAAUACGGGGAAGUGUGUAGAGAGCUCUGGUGUCUUAGUAAAAGUAACAGAUGUGUUACCAACAGUAUUCCUGCUGCUGAAGGAACCCUCUGUCAGACUGGGAGCAUCGAAAAAGGGUGGUGCUAUCAGGGAGAUUGUGUGGCUUUUGGAACCUGGCCAAAGAGCAUAGAUGGAGACUGGGGGCCGUGGUCAUUAUGGGGCGAGUGCACUAGGACUUGUGGUGGGGGUGUGUCCUCAUCUAUAAGACACUGUGACAGUCCAGCACCUUCAGGUGGAGGAAAAUAUUGCCUUGGAGAAAGAAAGCGGUACCGUUCUUGCAACACAGAUCCAUGUCUUUCUGGGUCGCGGGACUUCAGAGAAAAGCAAUGUGCAGACUUUGAUAACAUGCCUUUCCGCGGAAAGUACUACAACUGGAAACCCUACACAGGAGGCGGUGUUAAAACCUGUGCAUUAAAUUGUUUGGCAGAAGGCUAUAAUUUUUACACAGAACGGGCCCCUGCAGUAAUAGAUGGAACCCGCUGCAAUGCUGACUCCUUGGAUAUCUGCAUCAAUGGAGAAUGCAAGCAUGUAGGCUGUGAUAACAUUUUGGGCUCUGAUGCCAAGGAAGACAGGUGCCGUGUGUGUGGCGGAGAUGGAAGCAUUUGCGAAGCCAUUGAGGGUUUCUUUAAUGAUUCAUUACCCAGAGGAGGCUACAUGGAAGUUGUUCAAAUUCCACGAGGUUCUGUACACAUUGAAAUCAAAGAAACGUCCGUGUCUAAGAACUACAUAGCUUUGAAGUCUGAAGGGGAUGACUACUUUAUCAAUGGAGCUUGGACUAUUGACUGGCCCAGAAAAUUUGAUGUUGCUGGGACAGCUUUCCAUUAUAAGCGUCCCACAGAUGAAGCAGAAUCUCUGGAGGCCUUGGGUCCAACAACAGAAAGCCUUAUAGUGAUGAUUCUUCUUCAAGAACAGAACAUGGGGAUUAGAUAUAAAUUUAACGUACCUAUCACAAGAACGGGGAGCGGGGACAACGAAGUGGGUUUUUCAUGGCAUCAUUUGCCUUGGUCGGAAUGCUCUGCAACCUGUGCAGGAGGCAUACAGAAACAGGAGGUGGUGUGUAAAAGGCUUGAUGACAACUCUGUUGUACAGAACAACUACUGUGAUCUAGACAGUAAGCCACCAGAGACACAAAGAGCUUGUAAUACAGAACUGUGCCCACCUGAAUGGUUUAUUGGAGAUUGGUCGGAAUGCAGUAAGACUUGCGAUGGUGGAAUGCGCUCUCGAACAGUGCUUUGCAUUCGAAGGAUCGGCCCAUCUGAAGAGGAGACACUUGAUGAUAUCAGCUGCUUAACUCAUCGUCCCAUUGAAAAAGAGGCUUGUAAUAACCAGUCAUGCCCACCUCAAUGGGUUGCUUUGGAUUGGUCAGAAUGUACUCCAAAAUGUGGUCCUGGGUUUAAACACCGUAUAGUCUUGUGCAAGAGUAGUGAUCUUUCCAAAACAUUUCCUAACGCAAACUGCCCCGAAGAGAGCAAGCCGCCAGUCCGUAUACGUUGCAGCUUGGGACGAUGCCCUCCUCCCCGCUGGGUUACUGGAGAGUGGGGACAGUGCUCUGCACACUGUGGUCUUGGGCAGCAGAUGCGGACUGUACAGUGUUUAUCGUACACGGGGCAAGCAUCAAGUGACUGCCCUGAAAACCUUCGGCCACCGUCAAUGCAACAGUGUGAAAGCAAAUGUGACAGCACUCCAAUUUCCAACACAGAGGAAUGCAAAGAUGUGAACAAAGUGGCGUAUUGUCCGCUAGUGUUGAAAUUUAAGUUCUGCAGUCGAGCAUAUUUCAGGCAGAUGUGUUGUAAAACCUGCCAAGGACACUGACCCACAUCAAAUGGGAGAAAAUAGAUCAUUGUUAUUCCAUGGUGGAAAUGUGUCCAUUAAGAAGAAUAAUGCAGAGAAAUCAGAUGGAUGUCCUUGAAGAGAGAGAGAGAGAGACCCCUGUGUAACACAUAACCACUCGUCAGCCCAGGCUGACAGGAUUUCUUCACUUCCGUGAAGUGAAUUAAUUAUCCAAAGUGCUGGACACCAGAAAAAAGGAGGAAAGCCAAAUUGGAGAACUUUAAGGCCACCCACUUAAAGCAGGGAACCGCAGAACGUUUGUGUUCUUCCAAGUAUCCGAAUCACAUGCUUACCUCCUGAAACCAUUUUGAAUAUGGUCUUCACAAAUGACACUGAAUCCAUAACUGUUGUGACUUUUCCUACAAAUAGAGAGAGAGAGAGAAGAAUUUCCUAAGUCAUAUCUUAAACGUAUAUUAACUAUUUUAUCUCAUUUUACAGCACCACAAUUUAAAUUAUAAAAAAAAAAUGGGCUUUUAAAAUAUUAUUUAAGAUGCAAUUAUAAAUCAGAACUAAAAGUAAUUUUAUGUGUUAUUCAUUCUGCCUUGUUUCCCUUAGAGACUUCAACAUUUUCUGCUGUGAAACACAAACCUAUAUGUAUAUAUAAAUAUAUAUAUGUAUAUAUAAAGUUGUGGGAAUGUCAGUAUUCCAAGGUGCAUCAUUUACUGCCUGUCACAGAAUGAUUAGGCCUACGAGUCUAGUCAUGCUUAAACCAGUUGGGAUUGAAACUCAAUUUAUAUAAAUAUUAAAGGUAAUUGCUUGUUAGAUCUCAUAAAAAAUAGUCAUUCCAUCAGCAUAAUCCUUUCCAUUUGGUCAUAAAAACAGACCUUAGACACUUGACUUGGGUCAACACUUAACAGUUGAAGACUUACGUUGGAGAGAACGUCUGCAAGCAAUUAGUAUAAAAUAGAAACAAUAUUAAAGGCAUCUGGUAUCAUUCACAAAAAUAUAUUUAUAUAUAAAUAUGGAGAUGGAGUUGUAGCGACUGGUGCGCUGCCUAUGUGCAUUGAUGACAUAAUAAGCAGAGCAUCAGUAGUGUAACGCAACAUCAAAAUGUAAUUAUCCCUAUAACCCUUAUGUAGCUGUGUGCUAGAGCUUGCUCUUUGUUGUUAUUAUUGUGUUUAAUAUCAUUAUUUUUAUAUAGUGUUAUUUUUUUUAUACAAUGCUACAGACUGUUUAUCCCUGGCCCAUUGAGCUUGCAGUUAUCAGUCAUUUAUUCUCUCUGUACUGGUUUUCACUGCAAGGGCAGAGCUUCAGGAAUAGGGCAUAUUUGUAGCAGAGUUGGGUGGGGCCUGGUAGACUGGGGUAUGACUUAAUGUGACUUUUACUCUGGGAAGGUUUGUCGGGUAUUCCUACAGACAGUGAGUUUGUUGGGCACAAGAGAAAUAUACUGGUGAAACCAGCUGGAAAUAUUACCCACCAGCUGUUAGGGAGUAGAAGCAGCUCAGGGUAUUAGCUACUAGGGUAUUAAGCCUAUAUCACAUUCCUACACUACUCAACCUCCCUGUUCCUUGGCACCACAUUAUAGACUUUAAGCUCAAUGGGGCAAGGACAAUAAUGAACAAUGCUAUAUAAGAAUAAAGAUACAACUGAUCAUUCAUUUCUACCGUAGGGCCCUAUAAUUCCAAAUAUUUUUUGUUGCAUCUGGUGUGUGAAGGGUGGGCUGUGUCACUUUUCCUAGGGGUGUUAGGUUUCUUAUAUAGAAAAUUUUGCAUUUAAGGUUUGCUGUUUUCUAAAGUCCAUUGGGGCUCCUUUACUAUCACCUGGCACAUUUGGCCCACUUCAGUAACCUAACCAAAGUCUACCACUAACUGAAUUCUGAAAGUAAAUCUCAGACUGGUUGAUAUGGGUUACUAGACUGGGACAGGUUCUCCCAGUGUUGCUUAACACUGGCCCCAUAUGAAUUAUUAUCACUUCUAGAGAGUUCAUAUGUUCUUUGUGGCAGUGGCA